AGCGCGCACCUGGACACGCGUCUCGAGAGGAGAGUCAACGGAGACGCGCACGGCUGACCUCCAGCAAUAUUCACACAGCAAAGAUGUUCAACAUCUUCUGCGUCUCUUCGCUUCUUCUGUUCCACCUGACAGGUGCCAAACCGGUGUCCAGUUUGCAGAGUCUCAAGCAGUUUUUAGAUGAAGAAAUAAACGCGCCGCUCGCGGAGUCGCAGAUGGAGCCGAAGAGCGCGCAGGUGGAGGCUCGCGCGGACGCGCAUCAGUGGGAUUCGGACCCUGGAAACUCCGCGCUGGCGCGCACGGACGCCGCGCUCGAGCGUCUGCUGGGAGACAUCCUGUCCACAUCCAAACGAUCCUGGAGCCGCUUUAAGAAGGGCGGACUGAGGAGCUGUUUUGGGGUCAGACUGGAGAGAAUCGGGUCGUUCAGCGGACUCGGGUGUUAAGCGACAGGUGCGGCUGUCACGGCACAUUUCUUGACUUGAAAUCCUCGGGCAGGCACGUCUGUGUUGACUGCAGGUUAACUGUAGAUUUGUGUUCAGGUGAUAUCUGUCUGUCAUUAUUUAUUCUGGAUUUAGAUCUGUAAAUAAUUGUAUGUAAAGACACUACUUCUGCCUUGUACUGUUGCAUCUAUCUAUCGAUUGAUUGAUUGAUUGAUUGAUUGACAUAUGUCCUCGUUCAAUGCACUCUUGUAUCAUAUAAGAUGAUGUAUAUUGCUUUGUCCAAGACUAAAACGAUCAAAUUUAAACACGAAUGACAGGCUGUUGAAGAGAAAUGAUUCCAUGUGCAGGUGUGGGUUUGUCCAUCUCAAACACGAGAACUCAUUUAUAGAUACUGUCUAAACAGAAAACACCAUGAGAGUCAAUUAUUACUAGAUACAAUAUAAGAGCACAAGCCUUGAUUCGUCUUUAAAGAUGAAGUGGACAGUGGACAGAUAUACAGUGAAGUGAGCUCUCUGCCUGAUUCUAUGAAGUUUGAUGUAGUUAGAUGUCACAACAUAAAGCCACAAUUUUUCUGUAUAUUUCAGUUUGUUCACUUAAAAAACCUCCACAAAUCCUCCCCUCCCUCCCUCUUUUCUUUCACCUGUUUGUUUACUUAAAAAAGCAUUGCUGUUCAGCCCACCGAUCAUCCAUCCAUCCAUCCAUCCAUCCAUCCAUCCAUCCAUCUCGUUCUAUCUUUCCUUUUUCUUCUAGCUGUUUUCUUUAUGUUAUGUGUUAUUAAAACUGUUCUUAAAACAAAGUUUUGUUUUAUGUUGUUAUGUCAACAAUAAAAUAUAUAACAGAAAAAACUGCUGUUUUUAUAUUUGCUUGCACAUUGCACAUCUGUUACAACAUAAACC